GAACUCUAAUAGAAAACGGCCCACAUGCAUGGGUCUUUUGGUGUUUAGUUCAUUUGUUUGUUUGUUGUUUUUUCUCGUCAUCGUCGUCAUUCUCGAGGCGUCGGUGUUGUAACCGUAAACAGAUAAUGACAUUGGUGCUUGUGGGUCGUCGCGCUGUGCCGAGGUGAAAAGUGUCCUAUUCUUUUGUGUGUGCGAUAAUAUUCAAUUGGUGAUUAACAUGCAGAAUAUUACAUAUUUUGACAGCAUGAAAUUGUGGCAAAAAUGUAUUGCCUAAUUUAAAUAAUUGGUAAUUUAAUCGGGACGAAAUGCUGUGAGAAAACUUUUGGCACCUGCCCCGUGUGCAUUUUGCGUUUUGAUUGAUGGAAAUCUGCCGUGUGCAGGAGCGGUGUGAGGUGAGGACAGAAUCCGACGGUGAGGGGGAUGCAUGUUUACUCGCACGCCGUCCCCUCUUUCUGUGCGCGAGGUGAGAGAGUGAGUGAGUGAGUGAGCGAGUGAGCGUGCUAUGACUUUGUUUGAUCAGCUGAUCGCACUAAUGUUUCAUAUGCCAAUGAUACCGUUGCGCGAGCCCGACUAUUCAGUGGCUUCGUUAUUGACCUUCCGUACGCUAUUGUCCCCACAGUGCAAUGCGUUGUUCUCGUGCGGAAGAUAUCCGCGACCCCCUGCCGCAAUACCAGGCUGGACACAGUGCUCGUGCUUUCGUAAUGGGAUUUGUGGAUGAACUUUAUGUCUCGCCGCGUCGGGGGGAAAUGUCUGGGCCGGAGCGUAUGGAAUUACAUGGCCACAUGUUGCAUAUAUGCUCAUCUCACGAGCUGAAGAGCGUUGCUUUAAUUGCAGAGCUGUCAAUCACUCACGUUCCCCGCGGGCAGGAGCGGGACUGUGCGCGCGAACGGCAGGAUUUCUCUCUCUCUCACCUGAAUGAGGGCUUUAUCGUCAGACUCAUGCUAAAACACAAUCAGCGCUUUCUUCCAGACAUGUGAUGAGGACUGGGGUGAGGCUGUAAGGGGUCUUGGCUGAUCUCUGGUCUCUGCAGGUAUCCCCCACCACCACCCCCUUCCUCUGUUGUUGUCUCCAGCAGCCCCCCUCUCCCUCUCUGCCCUCUCUCUCUCCCUCUCUCUCUCUCUCUCUCUCUCUUUCUCUCUCUCUCCUGUCCUCUAUAUUUUAUUUAUUUUCUCUUUUUGUUUCUCUCUUCUUUUUUGUUUUCCUCUCCCUCUCUGCCCUCUCUCUCUCUCUCUCUCUCUCUCUCUCUCUGCCCCCUCUCUCUUUCUCGCGCUGGACCAUGUCUGGCAGUGGGGGGUCAGCCCAUGGACCCCAGACUGCAGUGGACCUGCCCCCGUCCUCCCCGGGGUCGAUGGUAGAGCGCCGUAACCGCAGCGGCAUCAUCAGCGAGCCCCUCAGCAAGAGCCUGAAGCGCUCGCGCACGCUAACACUAGCCUCCGCUAACAGCGCUAACAACGGCAACACCCACAGCAGCCAGGCAGGCAAGCCGUCAGCAGAGCCUGGCCAGGGCAGGGUGCCGGCGGGGAGCGUGAAACUGGACCGGGGGGCACUGCUCUCGGGCCUGCUGGACUCGCCCAGCGGCCUCCACCUGGCGCAGGCGGCCGAGCUCCUGAGGCGGGCUGGAAUGCUGAUGCCACUAGGGGGCGCAGCCUCCGACACCGCCGCCAUGCCCCUGGGCGCUGUCACGGGCGUCACCCCCAGCGACCUCGAGAGCGUGGCCGCUUCCACGGCGACGGACUCUGUGGUGGGGAGCCUGUCGGACUUCCCGUUGCUGGGCAACGGCUUCCCGCUCCACCCGGGCCUGUUCAUCAUGACGCCGGCCGGAGUGUUCCUGGCCGACGGGACGUUCAUAGGGGGGGGCGCAGGGGUCACCGCUGCCGAGCACCACCAGCAGGCCCAGAGCGAGCUGUCAGCCGUCGCCAAUGGCAACGGCAAGAAGAAGCGCAAGCGCUGCGGGAUUUGCGAGCCCUGCAGGCGGAGAGUGAACUGCGAGCAGUGCAGCAGCUGCCGCAACCGCAAGACCGGCCACCAGAUCUGCAAGUUCCGCAAGUGUGAGGAGCUGAAGAAGAAACCGUCAGGAGCAAUGGAGGUAAUGCUGCCAACCGGGGCGCCGUUCCGAUGGUUCCAGUAGGACUGCCCAUCCCAGACCCAAAGAACUGCCAAUCAAACUCCAGGCCAAUAGUGGCUCAAGACUCUGAUGGCCCUGCACACUGGUUGGACAAGACUUGUACACUAAUGAACAUUCAUGACGGAUGGUGAGGAGUGGAGAGUGGAGAGAAAGGGCUCUCCGGAACCAAAAACGAACUUCAAUUCUGAUGGCCAAAGGGUCAUCUAGAACAUUCCUCUUUUUCUAUGUUCCGUUUUGGAACCAUCAUGAGUUCUUCGCUCCAAAGACCGAAAGUCUUAUUUGGAGAACCUGGAAUUGUUCACACCCGGAAGAAGAAAAAAAAAAAGGACAAUCAGUUUUUGUUUGGGUUUGUUGGUUUGUUUGUUUGUUUCCGUUUGUGUUUGGUGUUUUUAUUGUCCAGAUGUGGAGAGAUGCGUACUUGCAUUAGAGAAUGUAAAUUUAAUGCUCUUUUUCAGAAAAGAAAAGAAAAAAAAGAAAAGGAAAAAGCAGCCGACUCAUGACUAAUAAGAAGCUCUGUUCUACUUUAGCUAUGUUUGUACUGACAGCUUCUUCAUGCUUGGGCUACCAAUACUGAAUGGGGCUUCAGUCAGUUUGCACAUCAUUGGGUUCUAAAAGGUUUAAAAAGCACCAUGCCACCAUACACACACACACACACACACACACACACACACACACAGCAUGGGGCAGCACAUACCACCACGCUCUUACACACAUAUACAUACAUGCAUCCAUGCCCCCCCCACCCCACACACACACACACACACAUACGUUCAGACACACACACACACACGCACGCACACACACACACUUGGACAGAAGGACAUGCACACUGAGAGAGCCUUUUGUUCCUUUAAUGAUGUGAAAUGUGUUCUGGUCCCAGAGAGAGUGUGAGGGUAUUCAUAAACAGACAGAAACUUCUAGAAAUGUUGAAUAGAGAUGGAUCAGCCAUGUUGCAUGAGUCAAGUGGAGUUUCUUAUUCUGUGUGUGUGUGUGUGUGUGUGUGUGUGUGUGUGUGUGUGUGUGUGUGUGUGUGUGUGUGUGUGUUUCUGUGUAUGUGUGUUUCUGUGUAUGUGUGUUUUGGAUGCAUACGCCUGUUGAAGUAUGUUUGGAAUAUGUGUGUGUUUGUGUGUGUGUGCAUGUGCGUGGGUGCGUGUGUAUGACACAUGUCUUCAUUCUAGUGAAGGUACAGAUGUAUGAGAGUGUAUUCAGUGUGUCUGUGACUUGUGCAUGCAUGUACAGUAUGCAUUUGUUUAUGGAUUUAUUGGAUGUGUGUGUGUGUGUGUGGGGGGGGUGCGUGGGUGCGUGUGUGUGCGCGUGUGUGGCCUUCAGUGUUUGUGUUUGACUCUGUGUUAAUAAAGGGGCUGUCAUGUGAAUAAUAAACUGGAAUGCAUGUAUCUGAGUCUGAGUGGGGGCUGUCAUCAGUGCUGUCCUGCGCUUUUGGAAUAAAAAACAAACAACAGUGGCAACAUC